GUUACCAUGCUGCUUUGAUUUUACAUAGAGUGCUGCUUUAACAGAAAUAUUGAAAUACCAUGCUUCUUUCAAACCAUUCUGGGGAGAACACUGGACCUUAUACCAAUAAACCAACAGAGAAAUGACAGAAAGAACUUGGGUAACUGAAGUAUCCAAUACUAUUGCAAUACUUGAUUGUAUACCACAAUAAUUGAACUAACGCAAUAGUGUUUUCCUCAAUAGUAAUGCUAUAGUGAAAAAUACAUGCAAGUCACGCCUACUGUUCACAGUUUCCAUUGUCGAACUGCACGAAGGGUUUCUAGUAACUUAUUUUUAACAUUGAUAUAAUAAAGGGUCCAGCACAAACACUAGUGCAAGAAUUUCAGCAAGCAAUAUUAACUCUUAGACUGCGGCUGGCGGGAAUCCCCGCCCACGCUUAUCUUACCGUGUGCCACUGCCGGCGGGAUAUACCGCCCAUGAAUAGGUUUCGUUUUCUAAUUUAUGUAACGGGAAUUCCCGUGUUACUAUAUAUGAUAUCUCGCGGGAAGUCAAUAGAGGUGAGAUCCAAGAUGGCGGUCAAAAAUCAACAGUGAUAGAAGUCAUUGAUUUAUGUCAGAAAAAUGGGAUUAUUUGCAUGUUUUGACUGAAAUAUUUUGCAACAAUGGCUGAAGCCGAAUUUUACGAACUUGUCGGUAACUCCGAUAGCGAGGAUGAUGAAUUUAUGGGCUUCUAUCCAGAAGAUAUUGGUGAUGAAAUCGGUGAAAACUUUGACCUUGAUGCCGACAUUGAUUUGGAUGAUCAGGAAUUGCGGGAAAUUGAACAAGAAGUUGAGAAUGAAAUGGAUAGGGAAGAUCGUGACCCAAAGCAUAAUGCAUAUUUUUCUCCGUGGUUGACUGAGUUUUCCGAAAAUUCGGGACCGAAACAUGUGGAAGGAUCGGAGUCGGAUAUUUUUCUUACGUUAUUCAAUAAUGAAAUUAUCGAUAUAUUAGUGACUCAAACAAACUUAUACUAUGAACAGUACAUCACAAAUCUUGGUGGAGUUGAAAACUUAAAACCUCACGCCCGUGCGAGAAAGUGGACUGACGUCACGAACUCGGAAAUGAAAGCUUUCAUUGGGAUUAUUCUCUACAUGGGUGUAGUACGUUUACCUGGUUACGAUUCAUACUGGAACACUGAUGAGUUAAUAUCUUUGAAAGGGUUUACUGUAUUAAUGCCAAGAGAUAGGUUCUUAAAUAUUUUGUCAUUUUUCCACGCCGCUGAUAACUCACAAGAACCACCACGUGACAGCCCAAAUUUUGACCCUACCUACAAAUUUUCUGAGGUAGCAAAACUUCUUGUUUCUCAAUGGCAACACUAUUAUUAUCCCGGGAGAGAACUGUCUGUAGAUGAAACAUUAAUUCCAUAUAAAGGAAGGACCAAGUAUCUGCAAUAUAUCCCUUCAAAACCCCAUAAAUGGGGGCUGAAAACUUGGACUUUAGCGGAGUCCAGUACAGGAUACGUGUACAAUUGGGUGUUGUAUACAGGAAAAGCUGCUGGAGAUCCCACCAAAGGAGCUGCUCACCGAGUUGUAAUGAAUGUUACAGAACCUUUAUUACAUAAAGGUCAUCACCUGUACUGUGAUAAUUUUUUUACAAGCCCAUCACUAUUCCAGGAUCUUGAGGAUAACCAGACGGGAGCAUGUGGCACGCUGCGGACUAAUAGGAUAGGAGUUCCUAAUGCGGUGAAGACCGCCAAACCCAAAAAAGGUGACCUCCCAGUUGUUGUGAGACAGGGUAACAAACUUUACAUAUGUUGGCAUGAUAAGAGACAGGUGAACAUGCUGACAACUGUCCACAAUGGCAGUACAUACACCAAGACAGUGAGAUCUAAGUUUCAUGACGGCCAUGUACGCGAAGUUGACCACCCCAGAGCGAUACAACUUUACACACAACAUAUGGGUGGUGUAGAUGUUGCAGAUCAACAAACACAAUAUUGUGUAUCUCAACACAGAAUGCUAAAAUGGUGGAAGAAGUUAGUCAUCUGUAAUCUGCUUGAAGUGACUUUCUGUAACAGCAAAAUUAUCUGGAAAUCUCUCAAUGGAGGGAAAAAAGUGUCCUCAAUGAAGUUUCGGUUAGCUGUCAUUCACGGUCUGCUUGAAGGCUAUGAACCUACAAACAAGAGAUUUGCUAGGCCAGUGAACAACCCCCCUUCUAGGCUUACAGAGAAACACUUCCCAUCCAUGAAUCCCCACAUGACAGCAGGUGGACGUAGGUCAACUCCAGACUGUGCUGUUUGCUCUGACCGCGAGCAGAAAAAGCGACAUCAAACCCAGUUCAUAUGUCUUCAGUGUGACACUCCCUUGUGUGUGUACCCAUGCUUUAUGAGGUACCACAGCAUGGUAUAUUUCAAGAUAACAUGUUCUCCUGAGCUACACAAGUAAAAUGUGACAGAAGAAUAACAGUAAAUUAGGUAUGUUAGAGUUA